UAUACUUAGGAAAUGAUACAAGCAACUAAAAAAGUGAUAUGGUGUGGUCGGGUGGCAUAUUUCAAAGAUAAGUACCGGAUCAUACGACGUUGUUCCUCAAACUUCUCAGAUCCAAAACAUCUAACAACGUUAUUGUUUGGUUUCACCCUCUCUGAUUCUAACUUACUGAUAAGAAAGGCGAGGAGGGUGAAUAGACUGUCAUGGCUUCUGAGAGGGAAAGUUUUGACCUCUCAGGACCCUUGCAUUUGACUUAUGUUUUAUGGGAUAAUCCAUAUCAUCGAAUGUCGGUUGCUGCUUGUUUGGUCCAAGCUGUUUACAUUCUAGAAAGGGACCGGCAAGAAAAUCGUGAAGGUUCGGAUGCUCUCGCGCCGCCUUGGUGGACAUUUUUCCAUUUUCAGUUGCUUCGUCCACUUGUAGAUGAUGUUGAUUCUUCAAUCUUUGGUGCAAUCUAUGAGUUCAAGCCUCCAUCAUCACAAUCUAAUGAUACUUUAUAUCGAAGUCCACGUUAUGUGAUUGCCUUUCGAGGAACUCUAACCAAAGCACACUCAGUUUCACGUGAUGUUGAGUUAGAUAUCCAUUUUAUUCGACAGGGUCUUCAUCAAACUUCACGCUCUAACAUAGCUAUUCAAGCUGUUCGAAACACGGUAGCAACCGUCGGUGAUUCAAAUGUUUGGUUAGCUGGACACUCCCUAGGCUCAGCAAUGGCAUUGCUUACCGGGAAAACCAUGGCCAAGAAUGGCAAUUUUAUUGAAUCUUUUCUUUUCAACCCUCCAUUUGUAUCUGCUCCACUCGAGAAGAUUAAGGAUGAAAGAGUAAAACACGGGAUUCGAUUCGCUGGCAGCGUGAUAACAGCUGGACUCACCUUAGCUAUGAAAGCCAAGCAGCAACCUAAGGAUUUAAUCAUCGAUCCAUUUACCGCUUUGUCUGCAUGGGUCCCGUGUUUGUUUGUGAAUCCAUCUGACCAUAUAUGUUCAGAGUAUAUUGGAUACUUCGAACACAGGAGAAAAAUGGAGGACAUUGGCGCCGGAGUAAUCGAAAGGUUAGCAACUCAAAACUCACUUGGUGGCCUAUUGAUGGGUGCGUUUGGGAAGGAAUCUGAACCGUUGCACCUCAUUCCUUCAGCUUCUGUGACAGUUAAUGUUUCUCCUGCAUCUGAUUUCAAAGAAGCUCAUGGGAUUCAUCAGUGGUGGCAACCUGACUUGCGCCUCGAAUACAAGCUCUACAAUUACAAAUAGUUCUUGUAAUUACUAUUACUAUUGUAAUUUAUUGGGGAUUUCUGAUUCUAGUUUUCGUGUGAAGACUGACAAGACUCAUUUAAACUAAGCAGGGCAGUUUUCUUUUGUCAUUCUGUUCUGCAAGUUUAUAGAAGAUAGGUGUCUGGGGCAAAACAGUAUCAAGUCUUUGAACUAGCUUAAUUAUUUGAUUUUACUUGAUACUUCAAAUGUUGUAUAAAGUUCUUUUUUCAGAAAUUUGACAAUUGUUUUUUCUUAUGGAA